AUGCGUAAACAAGGACAGCCAGGUGAUGUGGAGGAGGAGUCGUGCAGCGAGGAUGAUGGGAGUGUCGGUUUGGUUGAAGGGAUUGGUGAAGUGGAUGAGGAGGGACGGGAUGAUCGUGAUGCCGUGACAUAUGGUGGGGCGCUGGUCGAGGUGUUUGGUAGGGAUCCCGGAACUGCCGCAGGGGUUGAGAGGGCAGCAGGGGAUGGGAGGACACCCGGGGUUGCGAGGGCAGCAGGGGAUGGCAAGGCAGCAGGGGAUGGCAAGGCAGCAGGGGAUGGCCUGGCAGCAGGGGAGCGGUGGACAGGCAGGGUUGGGAGGGCGGCAGCGGAUGGGAGGGCAGCAGGGGAUGGCAAGGCAGCAUGGGAUGACAGGGCAGCAGGGGAGCAGCGGACAGGCGGGGUUGGGAGGGCAGCAGAGGAUGGGAGGGCAGCAGGGGUUGGGAGGGCAGCAGGGGUUGGGAGGGCAGCAGGGGUUGGGAGGGCAGCAGGGGUUGGGAGGGCAGCAGGGGUUGGGAGGGCAGCGGGGGUUGGGAGGGCAGCGGGGGUUGGGAGGGCAGCGGGGGUUGGGAGGGCAGCAGGGGUUGGGAGGGCAGCAGGGGUUGGGAAGGCAGCAGGGGAUGGGAGGGCAGCAGGGGAUGGCAAGGCAGCAUGGGAUGACAGGGGAGCAGGGGUUGGGAGGGCAGUGGGGGAUGGGAGGGCAGCAAGGGUUGGGGGGGCAGCAGGGGUUGGGAGAGCAGCAGGGGAUGGCAAGGCAGCAUGGGAUGACAGGGGAGCAGGGGUUGGGAGGGCAGCAGGGAAUGGGAGGGCAGCAGGGGUUGGGGGGGCAGCAGGGGUUGAGAGGGCAGCAUGGGAUGACAGGGCAGCAUGGGAUGACAAGGGAGCAGGGGUUGGGAGGGCAGCAGGGGAUGGGAGGGCAGCAGGGGUUGGGGGGGCAGCAGGGGUUGGGAGGGCAGCAGGGGAUGGCAAGGCAGCAUGGGAUGACAGGGCAGCAGGGGAGCGGCGGACAGGCGGGGUUGGGAGGGCAGCAGGGGUUGGGAGGGCAGCAGGGGCUGGUAGGGAAGCAGGGGUUGGGAGGGCAGCAUAG